AUGGCAUACUCCACAUCGUCUGAGCCACUCACAUACCUUCAAAACCCUCUGUUACAAUCGUCUCGACAACGAAAUAGUUUUCAACAAUGUAUCGUAGAAAAAGUAUCCAAUGCUUGUAACAUUUUUAAGCAAGGGCCUCUGUCCAUUCGCGACCGUGCAACCGUCCUCAAUGUACUUAUUCCGUCCUCGCUCUGGCAUGUUCUUAGAGUAGUUGGGGUUAACCAAAAGACUUCUGACACUAUCCGAAAGAUUUUCCGCAAUUUCCUUGGCUUCAGGAUUUUCCCAUCUAUAUCGCUAGACACCUUUCAACAACUCCUCAAGCAUGGUGGACUGGGUUUCCUGGAGCCGAAUUGUCAACACCUGGCUCUUCAAUAUCGGUGGUUAACUCCUCUCUUGCUCAAUGAUGAUCCUUCUAGUUUUAUUACUUUAUGGUUGCAGGCCCAUUUGCUUGGUUUAUCACCUCUGUCGAUUGCUGACGCAAGAUUACCUUUUCUCUUCCCGUCCUUUCGCAAAGACCCUUUAGCAAUGAAUUUUCCAGGGGUCCUUUCGGUUCUCUUUCGGUCUUUCGACGCUCUUUUUGAUUCUGGUACAGUUCUUACUUUGCUCAACAGCUCUUUAUCCGAACGUCCUAAGGUUUCUGUUGAAAUCUGCUUAUCCUUACCACUAUCGGAAGUCAUAAAUUGGCCCGCAGAUGGCUCACUUAGGGUGCAAAGGCCUUAUAAGUCUCUUCAGGCUAGCCCUGCUUUUUGUUUAUCACCUGAUCACUCUCAUCUAAUUCCCAAAGCAUGGGUGAACGGCAGGACAACUUACUUUACAUCCUUUUUCGCCCGCCUUUAUUUACCGGGCAGUAUUAUGGCUGCUGUUCCAUCGUCUCUCUCUGAAAUCUGUGGCCAAUUAGUCCAUCCUUGGCUCGAGCCAAACUCUGAUAUUAUUCUGCCUCGUAAUUUUCACAAGCAUCACCAACAGCUUUUACAGCAAUCUGGUGAAUGCCAAGUUUCCAAUAUGCCUCGAUCAAUGUCGUUCUGGCGUCGAUUUUGGAACUUGUUGAUCCCAUUGCAAAUUCGGACUCCUUGGUAUCGUCUGUUACAACAUAAGUUUCCUUGUGCAUCCAGAAUGCAUAAAUUGCUAGCGUCUUCCUUCUCCUCAGAAUGCCGAUUUUGUCAAAUUCCAAAUGUAGAAGAUGAAAUGCAUUUUAUCUUGUGA